AUGGUUUGGACAGCUUCAUCUUCAGGAACUUACUCCCUCAAGUCCACUUCAGCCUUUUUAAUGGGGCAACAGUUAAGAGUCCCUUGGCAAAAUCUUGUUUGGGAAAGUCCAGUGAUCCCUCGUAUGAAGUUCAACCUAUGGCUCACAGUACAAUCUAAGCUUCCCACAUUGGAUAGCAAAUCCAUGGCCCAGCAUGAGAACAUCUGUGUCCUCUGUCGUGCUCAACCAGAAACACAUGAUCAUUUGUUUUUUAACUGCUGUUUUGUCUCACCUCUAUGGAGAUUCAUCAAGCAAAGAGCUCACUUCUACUCCUCAAUUACAAACUGGGAUGACCUAAUCCAUUUUACUAGCAAUCAAUGGAAGAAGAAUACUGCAUCUAAUUUGAUUCGCAAGAUUUGUUUCUCCUCAAUUGUCUACCAUACAUGGGAGGAACGCAAUGAGAGAAUUUUCAGAGGGAAGAAAGCUUCACAAAGAUUGGUGCUCACCCGCAUUUGCAACACCAUCAUUUACAUCCUGAAAUUGGGCUGCUUGCAGAAACUUCAUGCUUCAAAUAGGAUCCUGUGUGAAUGGGAUCUUUUGCCCUCCUCAAGUCGCCCCCCUCCGAGACCUCCAGAUUGA